AUGAGCGCGGCUUUCCAGCCCUCGCUGAUGAUGAUGCAGCGCCCGCUGGGAAGCAGCACGGCCUUCAGCAUCGACUCGCUCAUCGGCAGCCCCCCGCCGCCCGCCCCCGGCCACUUCGUCUACACCGGCUACCCCAUGUUCAUGCCCUACCGACCCGUCGUACUCCCGCCGCCCCCCCCGCCGCCCCCGGCGCUCCCGCAGGGCGCCCUGCAACCGGCGCUGCCCCCGCAUCCCCACCACCACCAGCUCCCCAGCCUGCCCACCGGUUUCUGCUCCAGCCUGGCUCAGGGCAUGGCCCUCACCUCCACCCUCAUGGCCACGCUGCCCGGUACCUUCCCCGCCUCCCCCCAGCACCAGGAGGCCGCCAGGAAGUUCGCACCCCCGGGUAACUUCGAUAAAGCCGAGGGGAUACCCCCGGACGGCGGCGGCGACGAUGGCAAAGCCUUCCUGGGGAAGGACGGAGCCCUCCUGCCCUUCCCCGCCGCCGACGCCGUCCAGGCCUCCCUCGCCGGGGCUCUGCGAGGCCAGGGGAAGGAGGACCCCAAAGCAGAAGAGGACGCGAAAGGCAAGGAGGAAAGUUUCUCCAUGGACAGCGAUCUAGACUAUAGCUCGGACGACAACAUCCCCGGCCAGGCGGCUCACAAGGAAGAGGACUCUGGCAACCCGCUGGAGGAAAACCCCCAAAACCCCCCCAAUUCCACCAACACCACAUCCACGGGCAAAAACCGGCGGAGGCGAACAGCCUUCACCAGCGAGCAGCUGCUGGAGCUGGAGAAGGAAUUUCACUGCAAAAAGUACCUGUCCCUGACGGAGAGGUCCCAGAUCGCUCACGCCCUCAAACUCAGCGAGGUGCAGGUGAAAAUCUGGUUCCAGAACAGACGGGCUAAAUGGAAACGGGUCAAGGCGGGCAACGCCAACUCCAAGACAGGGGAGCCCUCCCGAAACCCUAAGAUCGUGGUACCCAUCCCGGUGCACGUCAGCAGGUUUGCGAUCAGGAGUCAGCAUCAGCAGCUGGAGCAAGCCCGACCCUGAUCUCUCCCUACGCUCAGAACCACAAGUUUUUGAGGGGAAAAGUUUCCAAAUCGGGGUUUAAAAGCAACCCACCCGGGGGAAGGGAAAAGAAAAAAAGAAAAAAAAAAAAAAAAGAAGCAAAAAAGAACCCGAAAGCAAACAACAGCCAACAAGAAAAAAAUCCCACGCGAGCGCACGGCAAAUCCCCGCCACGAGCGAACUUUAAAGCGAAACUUUCCGCUUACCGAGUGAAGCGAGAGUCUGCGAAGGAAAGAGGCUUGGAAACUGUUUUGGUUCGGAGCAGGAAUAUCAAACCCUGGAAGAGACACACAGAUAUUUAUUAUUACGCUGCCCCGCUUUGUACAUACUCGUGCUGUCUUGGCUGCGAUGGGGACCACAGAUGCGGUAUGGUGUCGGCGCCGGGUCCAGCAGCGAUUUGCCCCUUGUCCCCGUCCCCCCCCCUUCACCGGCAGAGACAUCCCCAGCGAAACCCGCAGCGCGCCUUUAGCCAUCUUUUGGGUUUUGUUUCUGAUCGGGGGCGAAAGGUAAAAAGACGAGAGAACAAAAAACGAAAGAAAACUAAGAGUUGCAUUUCUUGCCUUUUUUUUAUUGUUUGAUUUUAUUUCCGAUGGCUGAGUGGCAGGCACUGGGGGACGAUUUUUUUAAAUAUAUUUUUUG